AUGGCGUAUGAUUUGACUAUCAAUCUUUCCAUGAUAACUAAGACUGUCAAGAAGGCUUCUCGUGUCGUCAUUGAAAAGUACUAUCCUCGUCUCACCUUAGAUUUCCAAGUCAACAAGAAGAUCCUCGAUGAAGUCUCCAUCAUUCAAUCCAAGCGUCUUCGCAACAAGAUUGCUGGUUUCACCACCCACUUGAUGAAGCGUAUCUCUCGUGGUCCUGUCCGUGGUAUCUCCUUCAAGUUGCAAGAAGAAGAACGUGAACGUCGUGAUAACUACGUUCCUGAAUUCUCUGCUUUGGAUACCUCCAAUGUUGAAAUUGACCCUGAAACUAAGGAAUUGCUCAAGGCCAUCAAUUUUGAAAACUUGCCUGGUGUUCAAGUCUUUGACCCUGCUGCUGCUCAAGCUGAUGUUCGUCGUAACCGUCGUGAAAACCGUCCUCGUCGUGCUCAAACUGACGCCUAA